UCUUCGUUACUAUAAAAUAAAGAUCGUAUUCAAAGAAGUUUCAAGGCAGCCCAACUCCCCAUCGUCCAGUAGUAAAGAUGGAGGCGCCCUGAAUGUAAACUGCAGGUAAUACCACUUCCGUGUUUCUCUUGCGCCCUGGUCCAAGAUGGCGGAUGAGGCCACCCGGCGUGUCGUGUCUGAGAUCCCGGUGCUGAAGACCAAUGCCGGACCUCGAGAUCGGGAGUUGUGGGUGCAGAGACUCAAGGAGGAAUAUCAGUCUCUUAUCCGGUACGUGGAGAACAACAAGAAUGCAGACAAUGAUUGGUUCCGACUGGAGUCCAACAAGGAAGGGACUCGGUGGUUUGGAAAAUGCUGGUACAUCCAUGACCUCCUCAAAUAUGAGUUUGACAUCGAGUUUGACAUUCCUAUCACAUAUCCCACUACUGCUCCAGAAAUCGCAGUCCCUGAACUGGAUGGAAAAACAGCAAAGAUGUACAGGGGUGGCAAAAUAUGCCUGACUGAUCACUUUAAGCCUUUGUGGGCCAGGAAUGUGCCUAAGUUUGGACUAGCUCAUCUCAUGGCUCUGGGGCUGGGUCCGUGGCUGGCAGUGGAAAUCCCCGAUCUGAUUCAGAAGGGAGUGAUUCAGCAUAAAGAGAAAUGCAGCCAAUGAAGGAUCAAUCCACUGAGGCAGGACAGAGGGACCUUCCAUAGGCUACGUUCCUGUUUUCCUGUGCAUCAUUCUUUUUACUCAUCUAACCACUUCCCCCCACACCCCUUCACCCGUAAUUUUUACUAAGUAUCAACAGUUGCAGCAGACACUGCUGAAAAAAACAACGGUAUUGCUGCUGAAUUUCUAAGUUGGGCUACACAGGAAGAAGAAAGACUAGGGCCUUGAAAAACCAAAAGGCAAUUUAUAUCCCUUGUCCAGGUGGAGCAGUGUGAGGUCCUGGAGGGAUAGGGGGUGACUGAAAGUGGGUACAUAGUCUUUUUGGUUUCUGGAGAUAACUGAUCAAUAAAAGCUGCUUCCUCCUGUG